ACAAUCGACGUCAUCUGCUCAUCGCACGAGCGCGUCAAUACGGGACGAGCCGGACUCGCCAGAUUCAUCCACCUCGCUCGAUUCGAUUGUUGACGACCCCUUCUUCCAACGACAAUACGCUGCCGAUAAGUCGGAGCAUAUUUACGAACGUCGAAAGCCUGCUCCGUUCAGCCCCCGCCAUGGGACUCCGCCCCCUAAGACCCAGCCAGUGCCACCAAAUCCAUUACCAAGGAGAGUUUCGCUGAUUGCGAAUGAGACCGAUGAUCGGGUAUGCUCAGCUGACUUCGUGACAUUGGAGCUUGUAUAGGUAGAACAAACAGCUGACUGACUUGGUGAACGCUCAGCCUGCUACUCGAGACACAAUGGAGAGCAUCAAUAUUGCAGUCAUAGGAGCCAAUGGGGUGGGCAAAUCCCACUUCAUACAGAGGGCGCUGUCUCUGUCGAGGCCUCCAGGCUCCCAGCCAUCGGCAGCGCGUAUCAACAUUGACCAUGUACCAUACGCGGUAUCUUUGUUCGAGCUCGACCUUGAAUAUUUCGAUGUAGAUCCAGAAAAGCAGAUACAAUGGCCGAGACAAGUGGGCGGUGCUAUGAUGCCUGCCAUCCACGGUGUUUUGCUUCUUUACGACGUUAUGAACAGGGAUAGCAUCAUUGAUUUGCCACAGACGCUGACUGCCCUGGUCAACUCGUCCCUCCCGACAGUCCUCGUUGCCACAAAAUGCGACAACCCCGAGAGCGCCAGGCAAAUCGACACCGAGGGCCUUGCCACUGCUUGCAAGUCCUGCAUCGCAAAUUUCAAAACAUCCGCUAGCAAGCCCGAAAGCGCGCGCAUGUCGCUGUCCACAUUGCUCAAGGCAUUGAUCAUUGGUCGCCAAGACGAAUCCGGAGAAGCGACUGGCAGACGGCGGGCUGCUUCUGUAGCUCAUCUAGACAAACCGUUCGAUCUCUCAAAAGGCCGGCCACUCAGCCAGCAGAGCAAACACAGUCGUGCUAGCUCAGACAUGUCACUUAUAAAGGCAUUUUCUCAAGCAGUGCCGGGACUGGAUACGUAUGAGAACGCGGGUGACGAGACAACUGUCUCCAGUAUGCUUCGUACCCCGGGCAUUCGCCUUGAUAAGGGUGCAACAGGGUUUCGAGAUAUCGACGAAUCUGACGGCGAAUCGCAUCGGUACUCUGACGACAUUCCCAUACUUCAACGAAACGACGAUUUAAACUUCGACCGUCCGGCCAAGAAAGCCGGGGUAACAUUUGAUGACCUUGUUGACCGCUUGAUCGCACCUAGAUUCUCCAGGGCGGACUCCAACUUCUCUGACGUAUUUCUAUGCUUGUACCGCAAAUUCGCGGCACCUAGCGAAUUGUUCUCUGCAAUACUGCUACGGCUGGAGCGUGUGAAAGAGGACAAAUCAACACAUUAUCUCACCAAGACCGCCACACAAUUACGCAUCAUUGAGUCGGUGGCCAAAUGGGUGCACUCCUAUCCUGGCGAUUUUGCAAGGCCAGCUACCAGAAAGAAUCUUGAAGAAUUCAUUCGCCACCUAUCAACAGAACCGAUAUUCGCAGCAGCGUCACAGCAAAUGAGGCGCGUCUUAGAUCUAAGCGUGUUUGAAGACGACGACUCGGGAUGGGCCAAGGCCGAUGAUGCCGGCGGCAGCACGGUUUACGCGAGUUCGACAAGGGUAGGCUCUCUCAGUCAUGACCUUGCUGAAAGUAUGAGCUCUUUGAAUGUGAGCGAGCCCGUUGAUAGGAGGCCAUCUGCGAGCUCGUCACUCGCCACGGACUCAACAGCCUCAACGAAGGUUCACCAGUUCCAAUUUCACUCGUAUGACGACUAUGAGCAGGAGGCUGCAACAAUGGUGCCAAGCUGUACCAUGCCCCUGACGAAAUUCCGUUACCAUAUUUUCAUGGACACAUCAGAUGACGACAUUGCCGACGAGCUCACAAGGAUCGACUGGGUCAUGUUUUCUUCUAUACGUAUCAGAGAUCUGGUGCGACAUGUGAGCCUAAGCGCUCAAGCAAAAGAGAACACCAACAGUAUGAAGAACGUAAAUCGCAUGGUUAAUCACUUCAAUCAUAUCGCGAAAUGGGUAGCAAACAUGGUUCUCAUGCGGGAUAAGGCCAAGCACCGGGCCCAGAUGCUCGAAAAGUUCAUGAAUAUUGCGUUGAAGCUACGGGUGCUUAACAACUAUAAUGGCCUAGCAGCCAUUCUGGCUGGGAUUAACGGAACAGCUGUUCAUCGCCUUACACAGACACGUAACCUCGUCCCUGCUGACGUUCAGAAGCGCUUUGCGAGACUGGUAUUGCUGAUGGGCACGCAAAAGAGUCAUUUCGCAUACCGCCUGGCUUGGGAGAAUUCACCACUGCCACGCAUUCCCUUUAUGCCUCUACACCGUAGGGACCUUGUCUCUGCCGAGGAGGGAAGCAUGACAUUUGUUGGACAAGAAGGCAACCGUAUCAACUGGAAAAAGUUUGAAGUGCUGGGCGAGAUUAUUUUACCCAUUAUCAAGAGCCAGGGAACUGCUUACCCUAACCUUACCAAACACGACACUGCAAGGGAACUUAUCCUAGAUUGCCUAAUGCCAACUGAUGAAGAGGAUAUUUAUCAGCGCAGCUGCCAGGUCGAGAAUCCGGGUGGUGGCUCCUUUGACGGGAAGAAGAAAUUCCCUUGGUUUGCGAAACAGUAAUUAAUGCACAUAAUCGGAAAUUGUUACGAAUUUAGCGUCAUGUUCGUGCGAGUCAGAUUGAUGAAA